AUGGGUAUGCUCGUGAAUGGGAACGACGACGGUUGUUACUGGGGCGGUUCGGGUUCUGCUGAACAAUUCCUUCCAAAUUUAGAAAAAGGUGGCAUUUGGCGACGAUGGCUCGGAUUUCGUGAGGGCUCAGCCGACCAGGAAAAGACGCAAAUGAGCCCAGAAUUUAAGGAGCUAACAGCAAAAUAUGAUACCUAUAAGGAGUGCAGCGAUUUGCUUGUGCAGAAACUGGAAGCCUGUAUUCAACAGAACAAAAAUGUUAUUGACAUUGGAAAAAUUGUCAACGAACCAAACGAAAAUCCAUACGAGAAGCUUGCAAAUUCAUUCUCCUCAUUCUCUAAUUUUUUUCCACCCGAAAAGCAUGAGUCUAUACGAGCACUGGCCAGCACAGCAUUUAAUCUUGGCAGACUUCAACGUGCUCAACAACUUGAAGGACGAAGAUCGAUCCGACAUCUACGACGAUUUUUUGCAACGGAAUACAAGGAACUGAUGGACGAAAGAGCAAAGCUGGAGAAAGCUCGUAAACACAUGGAUCGUAUGAAACAUGAAGUGAAAGUAUCGAAAACAACGGAAAAAAUCGAAAAAUACGCAGUUCUGUAUGAACAAGCAGUGGAAGAAUUUGAUGCGCAAGCGCGACGAACAAUUAUCCUUCUGAAUCAACUGCCAAACAUCAAAAAUGAGCACACGGUAAGUUUUUUUUUUUUCGGCUACCUUGAUCAUUGUUUUCCCUCAUUCCGCGUAGUAGAGAAGGAGAAAUGA